AUGACUGCGACACAACCAGCCGAUAAGGCCAAUCCGCAGAUCCAGCCAUGUCGCUACAAGGUGGGCAAGACCUUGGGCGCCGGCUCAUACUCGGUGGUCAAGGAAUGUGUUCACAUUGAUACUGGCCGGUACUACGCCGCCAAAGUCAUUAACAAAAGACUCAUGGCGGGACGCGAGCACAUGGUCAGGAAUGAGAUCGCCGUCCUCAAGAAGGUCUCAAUGGGCCACCAGAACAUCCUCACCCUUGUCGACUACUUCGAGACGAUGAACAACCUCUACCUUGUGACAGACCUUGCACUUGGCGGCGAGCUCUUCGAUCGCAUCUGCAGGAAAGGCUCCUACUUCGAAUCGGACGCUGCCGACCUUGUGCGUGCUACUCUCUCGGCUGUAGCGUACCUGCACGACCAUGGCAUCGUGCACCGCGACCUCAAGCCCGAAAACCUCCUUUUCCGGACCCCAGAAGACAACGCUGAUCUCCUGAUUGCCGACUUUGGACUGUCGCGCAUCAUGGACGAGGAGCAGUUCCACGUGCUUACCACUACGUGCGGUACGCCGGGGUACAUGGCCCCGGAGAUCUUCAAGCGGUCGGGCCACGGCAAGCCCGUCGAUAUCUGGGCCCUGGGCGUCAUCACCUACUUCCUGCUCUGCGGCUACACCCCCUUCGACCGCGACAGCGACUUUGAAGAGAUGCAGGCCAUCCUCAAGGCCGACUACUCGUUCAACCCGAUCGAGUACUGGCGCGGCGUCUCGGACCACGCCAAGGAGUUCAUAAGGCGGUGUCUGACCAUCGACCCCGCCAAGCGCAUGACCGCCCACGAAGCCCUGCAGCACCCGUUCGUCGCCGGCUUCGCCCGCGAGGGCGGAGAGAAGGGCGCGAACCUGCUGCCGACGGUCAAGAAGAACUUCAACGCCCGGCGUACGCUGCACGCCGCUAUCGACACGGUUCGUGCCAUCAACAAGCUCCGUGAGGGACAGCUCGGCUUGAUGGACGGCGCGCGCUCCAAGGAACCCUCUCGCGAGAAGGGCCCUGCCGCCGCCGCCGCCGCAGCAUCGGCAAAUUCGGCCUCUGGUGGCCGCAAGGACGACAGCGGCGUGUCGAUGGGCGGCAGCAGCAGUCAGGACAAGGAUUCCGGGUAUGGCACACAGGCGGAGAGGGACAACAGCGGGGACGUCACUAUGGGUGACGCGCCGCCUCUACGCUCCAACAUCCCGGCGUCUCUCCGGCCGGGCAUGGAGGUGAACAAGGUCGUUGAGACUUCCAAGGGUCUGUGGAACGGUGUGGGCAGCCGGCACUAG